GUUCUGGGACGCCACUGCCCGCAGGUCCUGCUCGCCCUGCACUAGCCGCCCUCUCCUGGCUUUUGCUAUUUCGGAAGCGGUCCCGGGCGCUCAAGGACGGCCGAAGGUCCCGAGAAGGUCUAAACCAAAAAAGCCAAAACCAAACCCACUGCUCUUGCGUCAUUCCGACGCAUAGCGAGCAACCUAUAGGGCAGAGUUGAACUGCCCCAUAGGGUUUCCACGACUGUAAACUUUACGGCACUGGGGUGGUGGUGGGUUUAACCUUUACGGAAGCACAGUGCCACAUCUUUCUCCCGCACAGCAGCUAGGGAAUUCGAACCACGGACCUUAACGGUUAGCAGCUCAGCAGCCGAGCUCUUUAACCACUGCGCGACCAGGCCUCCUUGGAGAAGGUCUAAGGGAACGAGCAAGCCGAGGCCAGAGGUUAGUCGGCCGUGGGCGGCGACCCUUCCGGCUCGAGGCCCAGCCAGCCUUCUCACUUCCCGACCCGCCGCCUGGCUCCAGGUUGACGGAGUCUCCACGAUUAAUGUGGGCGAGGAGGCGGGUGAGUGGGUGAACGGAAUUGUCGUUUCGCGGCGCGGGCGAGAGGCGCCCGCAAGUCCGCCACCGACUGGGAUUCCGGACUCCCGCGCUGUUCUCGGAGCCAUGCUGAGGAGUUGCGCCGCGCGCUUGCGCACGCUCCGCGUUCUGCGCCGCCAGCCCGGAGAUGCGCGCCUGCCUGGGAGUCAGCCGGGAAGCGGGAGGUCAUUUUCUUUUGAAGAUGUCACUGAGAAGGACCAGGCUCUUCCCAAACCCAGCUGGAGCAAGGACCUUAGGCUCCUCUUUGACAAGUUCAUGAAGAAAUGCGAAGAUGGCUCCUGGAAACGUUUGCCUUCAUAUAAGACCUCUUAUACCACAUCAACAAUUCAAGACAUCAGAGCCUUUUUUUCUGGCUCGAUACCUCUGAAAGAAGAGCUGAUGUCACAGGCCAGGCUCUUCACCAGAAGCUUUGAGGAUGGCCUGGGCUUUGAAUAUGUGAUGUUCUAUAAUGAUGAUGAGAAAAGAGUGGUUUGCAUAUGUCAAGGAGGUCUUUAUCUACAAGGACCACCCGGAUUCCUCCAUGGAGGUGCCCUUGCGACCCUGAUUGACAUUACUCUUGGUACGAAUGCCAUGGUAGCUGGGGGACCUGUCAUGACUGCUAAUCUCGACAUCAGUUUUAAAAGACCUGUCCCACUUUGCUCUGUUGUUGUGAUAAAUAGCCAACUUGAUAAAGUUGAAGGAAGGAAAUUUUUUGUUUCCUGUAAUGUUCGAAGUGUUGAUGAGCAGACCCUACACACAGAGGGAACAGGCUUAUUUAUAAAGCUGGAGCCUGGUAAAAGUUUGAUAUAAAAGAGCUUCUGGUGAAUUCCUCACCAUCCUGCCUAAGGUUCUCCCUCCUCCAGGAGAAGCUGUGGUCUCCACUCCACCCUUUCUGCCCACAGCCACAUUCCCCACGGGAAGAAGCCUGCUAACACCAACCUGCCCCCAAAGUCCCCCGGAUACCACUCCAGAAACUCAGUCUCCACUUCUGACCUUUUGACCCAGAAGCCCUUCCUGUGAAAGUCUCAGCAGUUCUUUGUGUCUCCUUAGGAUAAUUGUCCAGUUCUCCUGAAAUUUCAGUGAGCUCCUUAAGGUUGUACCAGCCGGAGGUCUGCUCCAUUGCAGACAGGAGAAAAAAUUCUUAUUAAAACUGUUACUGCAAACUUGGACAUGCUAGAAAGGAGUAAAUAUCCAGUUGCAUGUAUGGGUGCAUGUAUGUCUCUGUGUGCACUGUAAAUUAUAAAGCUUUGUUGUAUCUGAACAAACUAGUUGUUUUGGCUAGAUUAGGAAACUAGCUCCUCUAGGAACAGAUACCUCAAAUCUGAUGCCCGGGAUUCCAGGCAUUAAGCCACUGAUCAUUGUCAAUAUAACCUAUGCUGUUGUGUCUUACCAACAGCACAGCUUAUCGUCAGUGAAGGAACCUUGACAAGGCCAACAAUGAAUCGGGAGACUAAUAUUCCGGAAAACACAGAAAGUAGAUUCUGCAUCCAAAUACAGACAGUAGAUUCUUUGGUUUUCAGUUUUGGCCUUUCUUUACCCGUAGUAAAAGUUAGGUGGAAUCACAUGCAAUCACCAUUUUUGAAGGUCAGAAUGGUUGAAUAUUGACAGUCUUCUUUGGCUCAACCUAAUAAGUGAGGGACAGCUUUGUGAUACCCUUGCCAGUCAUCUUUCCACAGCCAAGAGAUCAACUGGGAGACCUGCAUUGCCAGAGCCGACUGACCCUAGGAUAACCAAGCCCGAGGAAGACCCAAAUCCUAGAAGCUGCUGCCCCCCUGCAGUCCCUGAGCUACAAGAAAGGCCACAGCAGAAGGCCCUGCAGACAUAAGGCUGGCGGUGCCUGCCCUCUGGAAUCUCUGGUAGAGUUUGCAGAAGUGCCCUGGAGGUGGCUGGGCCCGCAGCUCUGCAGCUCACACGUCUGGCAGCAGCCACCCUUUCUUCCCAGCCUUCCUUUUGUGUCCAAUCCUGAAAGUACAGAGAAAGCGGGUACUUUUUGCAGCUUUAUCCCACAGCUUGCUUUCCAUGGAAACCAGGCGUGUUAAAAACAUGAGGCUAACGGAGCGAGUCAUCGCCGCUGUCUGGUUUCAUGUACCUGGCAGAGAGGAAGUUUAGAUGGUGAAGGUACUUUACUCUCAUCCCUUGCGGUACUGGAACAGGCUUGCAAAGCUGCUCAAACCUGCCAGACCUUCCAGGCAAAAGAAUCUAAUGGAAAGAAUGCCAGAUGGCCAGUUUUUCCUCUUUCUAAGUUUGCUCAUAGCUCUCUUUCUGUCCACUUUUACAGGUUUAGUUCUCACACUGGCUUGGUCGUGUCCAGGGUACGUUGCAGCACCUGAGUGAGACUCUCUGAAUUAGAUCAACUGAGGAAAAAGCUCAGUAGCUGUUAGCACAGGUUUUCCCCAUAGCCAGUGAGUUAAAAAUGGUCUCCCUGCUUUGCAUACCUUGCAGCAGACUGUAUUCUAGGCUUGACCAAGCCCUGGCAUCUUUGCCUUCAUCAGGUUGUAUUUUGAUAAAUACGUAAGAUCUUGGAAAAGGUGGCUGAACAGUCAGAAAGGAGGAGAAAGGUACGGUCAGCAUUGUCACCAGCUGCACUCCAGCUCCACUGUGUAGCCCAAUCAAGUGAUUCCUCAUUGCCCGUUUCCCCCUCUGUACAAUGAUGGCAAAUAAUAUUUUGAGUGAAGAUUAGGAGUUGGUGCCAUUAGUGUUAAAAUAUCUUUGAACUAUCAGUACAAACAUAACCAGGCAGUGAAUUUUUGCUCCUACCACCAGGUUUCUAAGUGUUUGAGAGGGACAACAGAAAGAUAGUCGUGGCACAGAAAUAACAUUGUUGGAGGAAUAAAAAAUAAUGUUAAAAUAACAUUAAGCUGUGUCUGUAAUGGGAAGGUGAGAUGAAACAUAAAAAGAAGUCAAGAAAAAGCCUUUUGUCCUGUGUCAAAGAAGCCCAUCUCUCCCAUGUUCCUGUGUCUCCCACCCCAUGACCUUCUCAGGACCCUGGAUCUUCCCUCCAUCCUGGGGAGUCGUGAGGCCCAAUUAUUGUUCUAACUAAUAGCUGGCCAUCAUGGAGCCCUAGACAAACAUAUUUUUCAAUGCCAAGCAUAUAAUACUGUGUGGUGGAGACAAGUUUGGCAUUGAAAACUAUGUUUAAAUCACUGAAAAUAACUUAGGGAUUUUAUGGGUCAGAAAAGUAAAUAAAAUUUGUUUUGCUAGUUUCCCUGGUCCGGCACUACUAUGAUUAGUUCAGAGUUCCAGAAUUGGCUUAUUCCUCAUCUCAAUUGUGGAUUUAAAAUUAAAUGUGGUAGUAAAUGGGUCAAUCUUAUGUUUGCAAUAAGUUUUUUUUUUUUUUUUGGUGUUCUUCGUUUUUUUGCUUAGAUGAAGUUAAAAUUGCCCAAACAAGAUACCGUGAAAAGGUUUCAUUUUCUUCCAUUUCUGCCUUCUCAGACAGGUUCUUCUUGGCUACAUCCAUUCCCUGCCUCCGUGCCCCUGUCUCUAGCAGAACUUCUCAAACUCUUUAUGAAUCACCUUACCUUGUCCUUGGUUCCUGAGAGACAACCCUUGGAAUUUCCUGAGUAGUUGAGGUAUCUUUAUUAUCUAAAAUCUCCAGACCACACCUGAGGAUUUGUGCUAAUGGGUGAGAGCUGGCCAAACCAGAAAGACCCCCUAUCAGCUAACCUCAGGAGGCAUGAUUUAACCCAUAUUAUAUAUAUAUAUGCAGUGAGGCCUCAAUCAUGACUAUGUAAUGAAGCCAGUGAAGGUGCUGAGCAUGGAGGCUACAAGAGCUUCAUGGUUGGCAAACAGAGGGCGAUACGGCCUCUGUGGGAUAUGGAAGCUGCAUGUUGGGAACCCUCCCGAGCCUCACCCACACAUCUUUUCCUUAUG